AAAUAUUGGAUUUAACAGUAUUUCAGAUGAUCCGAUCUUAAAUGACUCCAUUCCCUUGGUACCCAGUCCAGUCUGUUGAAUAAUCAGUAUAAAAGGAUGCCACAUAUCAGGUGGUGGGACAGCAGUUGGCAAACUGAACUUUGAUGCCUCUUUUGCUGCACUUUCCAAGGCAAGAAAAAGUCCCACUACGGUCUUUGGAUCAAGUUUGAGGAACUGAGACAACACAGUGAAAUUUUCCAGCUUGGGGGCCGUAUUAACUGAAUUCGGAGAUGCAGGAAUGAUAUAUGAAUCUAGGCAAAUUAAAUGAAAGACACCUGUUAAAACCCAGUACUGUUUGACUCCCUAAAGCACACGUGCAUCUUACUGAGGGGUGUUGGGGAGGAGGGGAAAGCAAGCUGAAAAAGACUAGUAAAAGAUUAAUUUGGCCAGAAAAGAACCAUAAACUUGUACUUACCCCAGGAAAUAGGGCACUUGAAUGCACAGUCAGUACAUGGAGCACCACCCAAAGGGAUGAUGGGAGGAUAAACUGCAGCGAGUAGAUUCUGAGUACAGACAUCCACUAGGGAGGGAGUCAAGGUCAAUAGUUCAGCAGCAGGGGGCACAGAAGAGGCGCCCAGGGCUGCAACCCACGCCCAGAUUGCCUGUGUGCCAGGAAGGGAAGUUGAGCAAGAAAGACCCACAACGGCAUUCAACCACAAAGAUAUACACAGUGGGGUGGGGGAGGGAAGAGCUGCAUCUAGCACUGGCUGCAGCCAUGGAGAGCUCAGUGCUGUCCUGUGUCCUCUACCCAGGUGAUGGGAGCCUCGGCACGGAGGGGCUGCGUGGGCAGGUGGAGCAGCCACAGCAGCAACUAACAAACGUGGGAACAGCUCCAGGGGAAGCACAGAGCAGCUACUGCAGCCACCUAGCUGGUCCCAUGGAGGGCAGCUCAGCAACCGCUGCUGCGGAAGAGGAGAAGAGCGGUGGCACCCAGCUGCCCCUGACGGCGCCUUGUGGCUUUAGCUCCUCCUUGUGCUUUAGUGCACCCGGAGGAGCAGACUCAGCACCACGUCAGGAGCCUGGGGCUGCUGCUGCUGCCUCCCCAUCACCUUCGCCAUCACCACCAUCCUCAUCAUCCUGCAGCCGUGUGGUGAAAAGCCAGUGGGAGAUCAACAGUGCGGCAUCUGAAUCAGAGGAGGAAGAGGAGAGCGAAGCAGGUGAGGGUGGGCCGUGCUGCCUGCGGCCUGGGGAGGAGCCAGACUUGGUGAUCGAAGUGUGUGGGCGGCGGGUGCGGGCGCACAAAGCGGUGCUGGCAGCCAAGAGUGACUAUUUCCGUGCCCGCUCAUCACGGGAUGUACUGCGACUCAAGGGCGUGAGCUACGGGGCGCUUCGCCUCCUGCUUGACUAUGUGUACACAGCACGCAUGGGUGGCAUCCGCCAUGACAACCUGGCUGAGGUGGUGAGCGGUGCCCGUGUGCUGCAGAUGCCGUGUGCCCUGCACUGUGCUGCCGAAGCCAUGCGUGCCCAGCUAAGCCUCCAAAACUGCUACCAGCUGCUCUGCCAGGCUAAGAAGCAGCGCCUGACAGAGCUGCGUGAGGCCACCUACCGCUUUAUGAGUGACCACUACCUUGAGGUGCUGCGGGAGCCCAGUGUUUAUGGCCGCCUCAGUGGUGCUGAGCGCGAUCUCAUCCUGCAGCGCCGCCUGGAUGCCAGCCGGCCCUGCCUGCUGGUGGCCGAGUUUUAAUGUGACAGCAUUUCCUGAAAAUGUCCUCACAUUUGUGGGAAAUCGCUGUGACUUCCAGUCAUAAAAAUAAUCCACAGGCUUUCCACAAAAGUUUGAAAAUUACCUUUUUCCCCCUAAUAAAAAUGUUUGUUGAUGUAGUAUACUAGAAAACAAAUAGCCUUUACUAAACCAGUAAUUAAUAAGAGUAAAUCAAAAGUGCUGCAAAAAUAAUUUUAAGGCAUUUUUUGUUUUGCCAUUACGCAUGUUAGGAAUGAUCGCAUUGGGCUGGAAACUGCUUUUACUAUUUACUCAGUUUAGGUGAGAGCAGAAUCUGGUCUUCAUUAGUAGAAGUAGUUGGGCAAGUAGAAUUUCCUUUAUACACUAUUUGCAUAAUUGCAGCCAGAUGAUUGAUUUCUGUGACAUUUUCUAGCUGGUUUUCUAUUCCAUGGCCUCUGUUUCGUACUCUCUAAGCCUAAGCAUGCCUACUGUGAUUUCUCCCCUUCUUUCCCUAAUUGUAUCUUGAGUGACAGAUUGAACAAGUCAGCUAAAGUGAAGAUACACACCUUUCUAGGAAACAUUACCAGCAGAUGUAAAUCUACAAACCAGUUGCAUUAAAAGGAACCUUUAAUAGCUGUAAGUCCAUUUGUAUGGAUCUUGUUUAUACCUUAAAACUAAUUCAAAGGAAUUAUUAGCAAAAGAAUAACUGUUUUCUCAAUCAAUGUAAAAACCAUGAAAUAAAAUGGCAGUGUUGUGGACCAAGGCUGUCCAACUUCUGGAAAGCCAGAGGCUGCAGGCUCAGGGGCCACACACUGAAUGGGUAAAGUGGGCACCCUUCCCAGUGCCCCCCUGCUGUAUGCAUGGUGUGGCCAGCCUGGCUCCAUCUUUUCUUGGUUGCUCACACUGCACUGGCUGCCCAGCCCCUCUCCCCCCACCACCACAUGCAUAAUAGCAUGGGCAGCCCCCACUCCCAUGGUACCAGCAGCCUGACUCUCCCCUGCUGCAUGCGCAGCACCCACUUAGUGUGGAUAGCCAUACUUCUUUGCUUCAUGUGCAGCUCAGGUACUCCAGCCCUUUCCUAGCUCCUGGGGCAGGACCAGCUGCAGGGGAGGUGGAGGAAUGGCAGCCAGUCAAGAGACCAUGGACUAUAUGCCAAUGUUUUAGGGGCCUCUUGUGGCCCACACACCACCAGUUGGACAGCCCUGCUGUGGACCAUACCACUUUAAUAAGAUUUAUGCAGUAACAAAUGUGAAUUCCAUGCAAAAUGUAAUCCCUUGUAAAUAAAUAUCUGAGAAUUUCAAUUCCUAAAAAGAAUAAAUUAUUCACAUACAAGGUGUACCCCUCCUAUGCUGUUUGGUUAGCUAUCAACAUGGUUGCUUUCAGUACCUCUGCUUAUCUAUUGUUUAGGAGUAGCUUUUUGCUUUUCUUGCUUUAUGGCAUCCAUUUAUGUUGCCUGGUCUACAGAUGCAUUACAUUUUAUAAGUGCAGAGCUUAAGGUUGGCUUGUUCUAUGUCUAGUGACACCUAGCAUUUUUUUACUAGAAUAAAAAUCUGAAUUGUUAGAGAGCUAUAUUUUUUUCUAGUUUGAGCCUUUUGCAGGGAUUUUGGUACAGUUGUAAAAGCUAAAAGGAGGAGGAAGAAGAUAAUCUGUGGUAUCUUUAGAGUAACUGUAGUAAGAGUUGCUUAAUAAAUCAGUCUUUAAAUGAUUUAUCUUGCAAUUGUUCUGUGCACUGAACCUGCAUUGGAUUGAAUAGGAGUUCUAUGUGUAUUUUGAGAGAACAGCAAGGGCUUAAAUCAUUCUUUAGAAAAAAGUACCACUUAAUUUAAAUAGGUAAGUUUGGCCAAAUACUGCUUUCAGGCAAUUCACUGUAAACAUGGAAUAGUUCCACUAAUUUCCACUUCUACAGCUUAAACCAGGAUUUGGUAUGCACACUGUCUAGGGAUAUUCUGCAUUCAUAACCUGUGCGGUCUCAUUCUCUAUUUGUUUAGGCUCCAAGAAAUGGGAAGUGUUGGGAUAUACUUACUAGAAUUAGUACGCUCUUUUGUAUUUUAGAAGCUCUACAGGGCUUCCCAAGUUACUACCAUAUGCACUGUAGGAAGGAGAAAAGGUAAUAUCUUGAUAGAAAAACAACAAACUACUACAUAUUUAACCAAAAGCAAACUAAAAUAAUGGUAGAUGGAAGGGGGCUAAAAGUAUUUUUAGCCAGAAAUGAAAACACUGUCAAUCUUGUUAAAAUGCUUUACUAAGCAUAGUCUUAUAUGUGCAACUAUGUUUAGGAAAGUAUGUAUAUUUUUGUAAGUGAAGCACAUCUCAAACAAAUAGUGUUUUUCAAUAAGCUAGUUUAUUGCAGCAACCUGUGCUUUGCUUUUAAGUUUUAAUGUUAGUGAUGGAUAAACACUAGGCAAAUUUGUGAAAAUUCAAUUAAACCAUGUUGAUGCUGCCACUUAUCUGUCAUAAAUUAACUGAUGCAAUGCUUCAGACACUGCACAAUUCAGGUGAAUUACAUGUGUAACUGAUAUAUUAAACAGUUUGUUUUUAAAUCAGGCAAAAAAAAUCACUGUAAAGCUUUUUAUGUACUCCAAUUUAUGCUGUAGUGGAAUAAAUACAUAUAAAAAAGAAUGUUCCCCCCUUAGGGCUU